AUGUGCCUCUGUCACGCGAUGAGAUCCUCAUUCCUAAACGAUCUGCUUGACUGCACGUACUUGUCCCCCGCUCUAGAGUCCCCCGCUCUAGAGUCCCCCGCUCUAGAGUCCCCCGCUCUAGAGUCCCCCGCUCUAGAGUCCCCCGCUCUAGAGUCCCCCGCUCUAGAGUCCCCCGCUCUAGAGUCCCCCACUCUACAGUCCCCCGCUCUAGAGUCCCCCGCUCUACAGUCCCCCGCUCUAGAGUCCCCCGCUCUAGAGUCCCCCGCUCUAGAGUCCCCCGCUCUAGAGUCCCCCGCUCUAGAGUCCCCCACUCUAGAGUCCCCCGCUCUAGAGUCCCCGCUCUACAUUCCCCCGCUCCAGAGUCCUGCUCCCGGUCAAAGGAUAAGUUGA